AUGUCGGUGCACGAAGAGCCGAUUGACCAGCCUAGCUACCAAGUUGGGGAAGAGUCGCCAGAUGUUUCGGACAAGGACACGGACACAUUCGAAGAUGCCGUCGAUACCGGGUCCGUCCGAUCCCUGACGAAACGCUCAGUCUCCCAAUCGAAGCCUUCGCGACCCAUGAGCAGCGAAACAGAUGCCACUUCAGAGGCCCCAGACAGCCCGCCUGUACAAGCAAAAGUGAAUGUGGACAUGGUGGACGAGAAGGAGGAGACCACACAGCAAGUCAACGGCUCGGCCACAGAGUCCACGAAGACCUCAAAGCGGCUUUCAAACGCAUCCCUAGACAAUGUCGAUCUUGGUGACGAAUCACCAAACGAGCUGCCCAAAGAUCAGCAUUCAAAGUCCUGGAUACUCGAGAAUGCGACAAAUGGCAAGCCUGCUGAAGAGGUACCGGUGGUCGUAGAGAAGCAACCGUCAAAGAAGCUUUCACUGAGUAAUAUCACCAACUCACUACCUGCAAUGCCAUGGUCUCCCUCGAACACCGAAUCGCCCCCCAAGCUCAGUCCCAACAUAACGCCUACCCCUUCCACCAUCACUCCAACUACGUCUGCGGCUACAUCAGCAGCAGCACCUCCCCAAUCCCGGAAGAUUAGUAGUCCAUUCGCCUGGCUAUCUCGGAAUUCGACACAGAAAGAACCCGUUACAUCACCGCCCCCUGGUUCUCCCAGGAGAAAUACGGCAAGCUCGAUUGCCACAUUGACUAGCAAUCCCGAGAUGAUGCUAGGCAGACUCGAGGAAGAAAAUGAAGGUGGCAGUACGAAUGGUAGGCCCCGUCCAGCCCGGAACAGCCUGAAGGACAGGUUCAAGAUGGUACGGAUGAGAGAGGAGGCUGGGAUUUCCUUGACCCCGAGCGAGGACGAAAAGUCUCCAGGGGUUGCCAACCUGAUCUCACGGUCAUCAACCAUGGGCGCAACGAGCCCAGCAGGCGAGAACGGCCCAGAUGCCAAUGUCUCUCAGCCCCCGUUAUCGCCAUUGCCUCCUGGUACGAAUGCGAACCUUGCCCCAGGCACAGUCUCGGGCGUCUCUGCUGGCCCCUCGGCAAUGUCCGAUGCCCAGAUUGACUGGGAUUUGUGGCAAUCAGUCGUGUACGAAGGGCCGACUGCCGUUGCAAGGACGAGCUCUGAGGAACUCACCAAAGCAAUUGCAACAGGUAUACCAACCGUAAUCCGUGGUGUCGUCUGGCAGGUACUUGCUCAAAGUAAGAACGAAGAGCUGGAGAUGGUAUACAGAGACUUGGCGGCUCGAGGUACCGAGAAGGAAAAGAAUAGGAACAGCAACGGGACAUCGGCCAGCCUUUCGAGCAACGGCAAUCUCAACACUGAUAAGGAAGUAGUGGCAUCCUCUGCGUCGUCGGUUGUGUCUGAACUCUCUGGUGCUAGUGGCAAGAAGUCACCAACCACAUCCCCUGAGCCGACCGAGGCUGUGCUGAAAUCUCAAGCUUUGGCUGCGGCACAAAGGAAGAAGAAGGAGAAAGAGGAUGCAGCCGCGCUACAGAAGCUUGAGAAGGUUAUCCGGAGAGACUUGGGCGCCAGAACGAGUUAUUCGAAGCACGUCGCCGCUGCAGGGCUGCAAGAGGGCUUGUUUGGUGUGUGCAAAGCCUAUGCACUGUUCGACGAAGGAGUUGGGUAUGCGCAGGGCAUGAACUUCCUGAUCAUGCCACUCCUUUUCAACAUGCCAGAGGAGGAAGCGUUCUGUCUUCUGGUUCGGCUCAUGAACCAAUACAAGCUGCGCGACCUCUUCAUCCAGGACAUGCCAGGCCUUCACAUGCACCUCUUUCAGUUUGAGCGCUUACUGGAGGAUUUCGAGCCGGCUCUCUACUGCCACCUACACCGCCGGAGCAUAUCGCCUCACCUAUAUGCGACCCAGUGGUUCCUCACUCUGUUCGCCUACAGGUUUCCUCUCCAGCUUGUACUCAGGAUCUACGACCUGAUAUUCUCCGAGGGCUUAUCAGCAAUCCUUAGAUUUGGCAUUGUUCUCAUGCAGAAGAAUGCUUCAACAUUGUUAGGCAUGUCGGAUAUGUCGCAGUUGACAAGCUUCCUCAAGGACAAAGUGUUCGAUAUCUACAUCGAUCAGUCACCAAGCGCCGGCAGCAUCCUUGAGAACGGCUUCUUUGGCAGCAGUUCUUCCAAUAUUGACAAGGAGGUUUACCGAGCCGACCAACUGGUCCGAGACGCGUGCGAGGUGAAGGUUACCCCGGAGCUCCUGAAGGUCUACACAGCGGAAUGGGAAGAGAAGACCCGUGCUGAAAAGGAUCGGGAGGAGGAGCUGGAGCAGCUCAAGUCUUCCAACAUAAGUCUAGCCAUCAAGGUCCGUAAACUCGAAGAGCGCAUCGAGGCCAGCGAUCGCGAGCAAACCGGAAUGGCAACAGAUUUGGUGCAUACCAAGGUUGAGAACGAGGAACUCAAAGAUAAGAACGAGAGUCUCGACGGACAAGUCAAGGAGCUACGCAAUGUCAUUGAGAGGCAGCCCGAGGAGAUAGAGCAGGCCUGGCAGCUCGAGCGUGACGAUCUUGUAAAGCGGAACGAGAAGGUUCAUGAAGAUAACCAGCGACUCGAAAAAGAGCUGUCGGAGCUUGAGGAGCAGCUCGUGCUGACCAAGAUGAAGUAUGCAGAGAUUAACUCAUCGCACGAGACGCUCCAGAGGAAAUGGCAAGAUCUCAAGCGCCAAUUUGCUUGA